AUGUCAGAAAUGAAAUCGACAGUGCAGACGCCUUUCCAAAAUCUAAAGUUUAUAGCAAUGAUCAAUAAAAUAAUGGGUUUACUUUCGUGCAAAUUAGUAAAUGGUCGAUUGAAACCAAGCGCUUGGGGCCGUUUUUAUUGUGCAUUAUGGAUAUUAAUUCAUUGUACGUACUCGGCUUUAUAUUACUAUGAUAAGUACAACGUAUUGCUUAAAGAAAAAGCUAUAAAGUAUAUAAUUUUUGAUAUUGUGCGGUUCACUGUCUUUAUCAUUUCAUUAAUUCCUUACAAUUGUGUGGCGGUCUUUCAGGAGCAAGAUUUUAUUAAGUUUUCUGACAAACUGGAAACAUAUGAUGACAAGGCAAGAGCAUUAGGACACGAAAGAAAGGAUAAGCACAAAUUAAUAUGGUUAUAUUUCGUAUUGACAACGAUCGAUCUGAUUAGAAAGACAUAUGACGCCAUUAAUGAAAGCAUAUCGGAAGGAACGAUGGCAAUAGUAAAAAAAGUGUUCGACGAGGUCGUUCCAUUUAUCAUAGGCACUUAUUGCAUCCUUCUAACCGGCACAUUUCUACAUUUGAUAGGCCAACGUUUCCGUCAUCUGAACGAAACGAUAAUACCUCACGUUUCGCAGUUACCGGUCACUGGAUCGCCGGGCGAAAUCACUGUUUACGACGUGCGCUAUUUGCACAAUGUGCUCCUCGAUAGUGCGGCUCAGAUAAAUAGUUUUUACGGAAUAGCCAUCUUUUUCUGCUCCCUAUCUUUUCUGUUAGAAUUCGUCAAAAAUAUAUAUGAAUUGGUAGUAGAUGGCAUACAUGAAGAUGAGAUCAUAACUAUAUUAGACUUAUUAUUUCAAGCCGUUUUCUUGUUUGGAAUGUAUCAGUUUGUGACUUACGAAGUAAAUAUGAAAAGCUUUGCUAUAAAAUAUUUUCUUUAA